AUGUUCUCCGUCCCCUGCAAGCAGCCUGCGCCGCAAAGUGCAAGCUAUCAGACGAACCGGGGUGACGAAAUUUGGGGGCCGACAACAACUACUCGCUCUACCCCUCUUGAGCCAAGGCUAUCUGCACCCGAUACUGCAGUCGUCGAAGCAUUCCCACUUCACUACAGCCCGUUGGCCUCUCUCACCCACUCAUUUCUCGCGCUUGUGGUUCACCCGCUACUACCUGAGGUGUAG